AGCACGUAUACUUAACUGUAUGACGGAUCCACCCCCGAUAAGCUUCCCCGCAGAGCUUCGCUCCCGAGCAGGUCCGUCCGUCCUCGAAAAGCAUUACCGCAUCAAGUAAAGAGAUCCAGCCCGAAGAAAGUGUAAAAAGCAUGAGUCCUCCCCUCCACGACUACCAAGAAUCCCACGUCCUCCUCCCAACUCCCAGCUCCAGCCAACAUCCAGAGUCCUCCCAACAAUGCCCCCCAAAAAACACAUCCACAUCGCCCUCCUGGACACCGACCUCCCCGUCCCCACCAUCUACGCCCACCGCGGCCUCUACAGCACGCAAUUCCGUCACCUCCUCCGCGCCGCCGCCGCCACCAUCAACCCAGCCUACGAGCUCCACACCACAGCCUUCGACGUGGUCGGCGGCCACCUCCCCGCCUACACCAGUCUCCAGCAACCCUCAGCAUCACCAUCCACCGCCACCGCCACCGCCACCGCCAACGCAGCCACCGAUACAACCCUAAACCCCCUCUCCAUCCCCAUCACCGGAAUCUUGAUCACCGGCUCCUCCGCCUCCGCCUACGACCCCACGAAAUCAUGGAUCGCGCCCCUGACCACCUUCCUCCAAACCGUCCACGCGCAGUACCCCAGUGUCCGGCUGUUCGGCAGCUGUUUCGGACACCAGAUUCUCGCGCGGGCACUGCUUGAGCUGGACACUGGCGGCCGGCGCCAGCAGCAGCAGCAGCAGCAGCCCUACGUAAGCGUCGAGCCUGCGCCGCACGGGAAAGAAGUCGGGUUGAAGAGCAUCAUCCUCACCCCCGAGUUCACGGGGGCGUUUUCGGGGUCAUUCCCUCCCACCGAGAAUCUCCCGCUCGAAGGGCAGAGGGUAGAGGGAGAGGAAAGGAAGUGGAACAUCCAGAUGAUCCACGGCGACCACGUCCGGAUCUGUCGGCCCUUGCCGGCGGCGUGGUGCGUGAUCGGCGCGAGUGCGGAGUGUGCCGUGCAGGGACUGUAUCACCCCGCCAAAGUGCUCACCUAUCAGGGGCAUUUUGAGUUCGAUGCGGAGGUUAACCGCGAGACGUGCGUGGAGUUUGGGAGGCGGCAGGGGUGGGAUGCUGGGGAUGUGGAGAGGUGGGUCAAGGCGAUUGGGGUGGGGGAUGAGGGGAGUGAUGCGGUGGGGGCGGCGGGGGUGGUGGUUCGGUUUUUUGCGGGGGAGGAUGAGUACGGAAAUGAUACUGUUGCUGCGGUGGGGGGUGGGGUUGGGGAAGGGAAAGAUGGUGGAGAGAGAAAGGGCUGGGGGUGGAAUUGGGGUAGGCUGCUGGGGUGGAAGGAUGAUUAG